CUUUACUGUGAUGUCUGAGACUGCGCCUGUGGACCAGGCUGAACCCGGCCCUGCUUUUAUGGGGAAGCCAAUAGUCAAAAAGCGAGGGAAGAAGCAGAAGGACGUGACAGGUGUGGGCCGUAAGACUCCCAGUCUGUCUGUGUCCAAGCUCAUCACUGAGGCCUUGCUGGUGUCGCCGCAGCGAGCCAGCAUGUCGUUGGUCGCGCUCAAGAAGACGCUGGCGGCCGCGGGCUACGACGUGAACAAGAACAACAGCCGCAUCAAGCUGGUGCUGAAGAGUCUGGUGAGGAAGGGCACCCUGGUGCAGACCAAGGGUAGUGGUGCUUCUGGCUCCUUUAAGUUAAGCAAGAAGGCAGCUGCUCAGCUCACCAAUGUCAAGGUCAAGAAGCCCGCUUCUACUAAGACCAAGAAACUGGUCUUGUCCAGAGAGUCCAAGUCUCCGAAGAGCGCCAAGAGCAAGAAGACAACCCCGAAGCCGAGAGCGACAGCAGGUCAGAAAGCUGCCCGAGGCGUGUGGAAGGCUGCAGGAGCCAAGGGCAAGCCCCCGCGGAAGAGCCCUGCCAAGGCCAGGGCGGGCAGGCCCGCCGCCGGGAGAGCCGUGCUGACCCAGCAGAAGGCGAAUCCCAGGAAGGCAGCGCCUAAGAAGUGA